GGAAAAACUCAUCAAUAUCAAUAGACACUGGUAAGGUCUAGGUUGAAUGGAAAGUGGAAGGAAGGUCCUAGGAUGAAAUCAUACUAUGAUUGCAUAGAUCCUUCAAAUACGGCUCAACUACAUAUUAAAAUGUCACGAUAUUGACAGAUGAUCUCAUACAUGUUCAUGCCAAUUUCACAAGUUAUUCGGAAAAUCCUUGUUGAAUGCCAACACAUCGGAUUUUGAUCGAGCCACCGUAAACACAAGAAGAGAAGUCGAAGAUAGUCGCAAACAAUUUGACCUCAAGUACACAAUAUGUCGUUUCUAUUCGGGCGAAGGCCGCGUCCCAAUACGGUGGAUCUGUCGAAGCAGGCCAGGGACUUGAUAUUGAAGCUCGAUGGCCCUGGAGGUGCUGUGAAGGCCGAAGAGCUGGCAAAAGCUCUAUCUCAAAUGAAGUUCAUUCUACAAGGAACACAGGAGAUAGAAAGCACCCCCGAGCAAGUACAUCAGCUUGUAACUGGAAUGAUCCAGGAAGACCUACUUUACCUCCUCGCCGUUAAUUUAUAUCGUCUUCCCUUCGAAUCGAGAAAAGAUGCCCAGGUUAUAUUCUCUUAUGUCCUACGGUUCCGACCCGCAACAGCGUCACCGAAGAGCGAACCGAUGGCGCUUAGUUAUGUUAUAAAUAAUAGACCGGAAGUACUGGUUGAAUUAUGCAAUGGUUACGAACAUAAAGAAAGUGCUACACCUGCUGGUACAGUUCUACGAGAGGUUCUAAAGAGUGAUGCUGCAGCGGCAAUCAUCCUGUACAACGAUAUUAGGGAGGGAGAUGUUAGCACAAAAGGCUUGACUGCCAUACAACCCGAAAUCAAACAGACUGGGGAGGGAGUUUUCUGGAAAUUCUUCAAUUGGAUCGACCAAGGAUCAUUCGAGGUUGGAGCAGAUGCUUUCACAACUUUUAGGGAGCUGUUGACCAAGCACAAACAAAUUGUAGCCCAAUAUUUGGCAACCAAUUUCGAUAUGUUCUUCGACAAGUACAACAAUAUCUUAGUCCAAUCAGCAAGUUAUGUCACUAAAAGGCAGUCCAUAAAACUUCUUGGUGAGAUUCUUCUGGAUCGAGCCAAUUAUGCUGUCAUGACAGCAUAUGUUGACCGAGGAGAGCAUUUAAAGAUAUGCAUGAAUCUUCUUCGGGAUGAGAGGAAGAUGGUACAGUAUGAAGGAUUCCAUGUCUUUAAAGUCUUUGUGGCAAACCCACAUAAAUCCAUGGCUGUGCAGAGAAUACUUCUCAAUAACCGGGAAAGGUUAUUGAAUUUCUUGAAACAUUUCUUAGAAGAUCGUACAGAUGACGAGCAAUUCAUUGAUGAGAGAGAGUUCUUGAUCAAGCAGAUAGAGAGAAUGCCACCACAACCUGUUGAGCCGGCUCAAAAGCCUGCACUCCUAAUGGGCCGUUAAAUGGAGAAGGUGAAGGAAGAAGCUAGAGAGGAGUCGAUAGACACUGAUGAAACGAGACAUAUGGGCGGGCAUUGAUUGCUGGAUACGACAUGAGCAUAAUCGGAGUUGGGAGCAUUAGGUUUUGAAUGAAUGAAUGAAUGAAUGGAUUGGCGGCAGUCAUUGUACACAGCAAAGGCGUUUUUGCAAUUGUGGUGCUAUAAAUUUCAAAGAUAGAUUUUAAAGUCUCAAAUAACGAAAACAAUUCAAAUAUGAUUAAUGUUCA